UUACACUCCGCAUCAGUCUCACACCAUGUGGACCCAGGUCAGCGCUCUGCUGCUCCCGCUCGCCUGCUGCCUUUGGUCAGCCGAGGCUCAGACUGCGAACAGACAAAGCAUCUGGAACAAUCCCAUUCAAUUCAACACCAAGGCCAAGGACCAGUGCACCAUGACCAUCACGGGUCAGGGGGAUUACACACGGCUGAGGCUGAUGUGCCAGAGCCGGCAGCGCUCCUACUGGUGCGAGUACAUUGGACAGCCUCACACCUGCGGCAGCUACAACAAGAACCCUCGCCACUACUUCGUGCAGAUGAUGUGGGGCCUCAGAAAACUGCACAACGCCUGCCUGGGGCCGAGGCAGAUCAAACCCCACAUGUGCAGGAAGGCAGGCGAUGAGUCUCAAAUGGUCUUCUCAACCGGUUCCUUCUCCAGAACAUCGCCGGAGGCUCCAACGAGGGCAAAACCAGCCGCACAGCCUGCCAGACCUCAACCUCAACCUCAACCAAUAAGACCCGAUUCUGCAAGGCAACCCAAAGCAAAGCCCACAGCGAGAACCGAUUCACAACCUCUGACACCACCUGUGGAGAGCAACGCUAAGAGGCUGGCUCAGCAGUACUGCUGGAGGUCGCUUCGAGGCAUCUGCUCCUACUUUAUUGGCUUGGUUCGGAAAAACUGAGGAAGAUUUACAAUGAAGAUAACUUCAACUGUCUGAUUAUACCAGCCAUCAUUGGAGGGAAAACCCGAGCAGCAGUCUGGUUGAAAUUGUGGAAGAACUGUAGCGCCCUCUCCAGAGCAAGAGACGGUACUGCUGUUGUUUAUGGUUAUAUAUGUUAAGUAUGAAAUGUAAAGUUUGACUUGUGAGAAGGUUCCUCCUGCUGCAAAAACAUUCUCAACAACACAUUUGCCUUACUGGUUUCACUCAUUCGUUUGUAAGCCGGUUACCUACGUAUAAUCUACGUGCAUCACUUAAUAUUAUAUUGUUGGGAAAGAGCAGAGGUCUGAUAAGAUAGUGAUUUAUGUACUGUUGUA